UGAUACCCCUAGUCCCCUUUCUCCUUUGCUCACUUGAGACCCAUUCCAAUUGCGGAAGUAGACCCCUGAUUGUCUCACCAUCGUCAUAUCUACUGGUGACGCUUGAUUCACGUGCUCAGUUGUCGUCUCGAUCUCACCUCGACAAACGGACGAUAGCCGCGUUCCUGCACUUCAGGACUUGAUAUCCAGCGCCCACAGUGGAAUUGCUGUAUAGUGAAACAGAACUUGAGGCGACAACCUCUUGCUCGGGACUCGGAAACACGGGCUUGGCGCUCGGCACGGCAAUAUCUCGGAGGACGCUCCGUUGAGCCUGCGAGUCCUCUUAAGGAGGACUUCUAUAGAGGGAAAGAGUCAGGACAGAGGCAAAACAAGCGGCAGCUAUGGCGACAAAAGUCACCAGGGACGGCAAGAAGCCGCCAUCAGCGGCGACAAACUUGAUCGCUGGCGGAGGUGCUGGUAUGAUGGAGGCAUUGGUGUGUCAUCCUCUCGAUACCAUUAAGGUGCGCAUGCAGCUUUCACGGCGCGGGCGGCAGCCAGGCAUGCCCAAACGGGGCUUCAUCCGAACCGGCGUUGAGAUCGUGCGCAAGGAGACGCCUCUCGGCUUGUACAAGGGUCUCGGGGCGGUCCUGACGGGCAUCAUCCCGAAGAUGGCCAUCCGUUUCACUUCGUUCGAGUGGUAUAAACAGCUGCUCAUGAACAAGGAGACCGAGAUGAUCUCGGGACAGGGCCUCUUCUUCGCCGGCCUCGCCGCGGGCGUCACCGAGGCCGUUGCCGUCGUCACCCCCAUGGAGGUGGUCAAGAUCCGGCUGCAGGCGCAGCACCACAGCAUGGCCGACCCGCUCGACAUACCCAAGUACCGCAACGCUGCCCAUGCUCUCUACACCAUUGUAAAAGAGGAGGGCGCCGGUGCCUUGUACCGCGGUGUCUCCCUGACGGCUCUACGCCAAGGUAGCAACCAGGCCGUCAACUUCACCGCUUACACCUACUUCAAGAACUGGCUCUACCAAUGGCAGCCCGAGUACCAAGGCGGCAACCUCCCCAGCUACCAGACCACGCUGAUCGGGCUGGUGAGCGGCGCCAUGGGCCCGCUCAGCAAUGCGCCGAUCGACACGAUCAAGACGCGACUGCAGAAGAUGCCGGCCGAGGUGGGCACUACGGCGCUGCAGCGGAUCAGCAGGAUCGCCGGAGACAUGUUCAAACAAGAGGGCUUCCACGCCUUCUACAAGGGCAUCACGCCCAGGAUAAUGCGCGUCGCACCUGGCCAGGCCGUCACUUUUACCGUGUACGAGUUCCUUAAGGAGAAGCUCGAGAAGAGCGCGCCGGCCGUCUUGACGGGGGGAAGGUACGAGGAAUAACAGCAACACCCGCGCCCCCCUCACCCUUACCUUACCUUAUACGCAUCCAUCCCACCACCCCAAUGCUCCCCCUAACCAUGCGAUAA